AUGAAAUUCACCAACACAAUCCUCCCAACUCUCGCCCUCCUCCAACCAACCCAAGCCCUAGUCGGCAUAAGCUGGAGCACGAGCAACGGCAGCAAACCUCUCAACGAGAUAACCUUCCCAAUGAACGUCGCAAACGCAACCCACGAAAGCGGCUACUACUUCGCGCAACAAUUCAACUUCGCCAACCAAGAAGACGUAGGUUACACCGGUCUCCAACCACGCCCGAACAAAAACUCCAAACCACAACUCCACGCCGCCUUCUCCAGCUUCAUAGCAGGAACAACCUCAGCAGACCCAAACUGCAGCGACGGGGCAGACGGCGGCGCAGGUGUGAGCUGUGCAGUCGACAUCGAGGGCUCGUAUGCGCAUACUUAUUUACUGCAUAUCAACAAUACAGCUGGCACGACAUGGACCGGGACGUUGAUUGAUGCGGUUAGCGGGAAUGAGACUCGUGUUGGUUCUUAUACGCUUCCUACGGGGUCUGGUGGUAUUCAGGGGGAUCAGAUGGGCUUCGUGGAGUAUUACCCUUGGAAUGCUGCUGGCGGGCAUUCUUGUGCGGAUCUGCCCAGGAGUGCGGUUACUUUUGGGAAGCCGGUUUCUCCGGGGAGAAUUGGGGCUUUGAAGGAUGCUUAUGAGUAUGGAGAUUGUGUUGGAAAGGUUGGGUUUGAGACGCAUCGGACUCUGAGGGGCGUUGAGGUUUCCAUUGGGGUUUGA